CUUCCUCGCGAUUCGUUUGUUGGUGUUGCUAGGAUACCAGCUAAACGUGGAUCGAUGUGUUGGGCUAAAGUUUAUACGAGUUAAACUGGCUUCAAGUUGACGGAAAGAAAGUUUAAAAGUGGCCAAAAAUGGCAAACAUCGACGCAGACCUCGAAGACCAGCAAUCUAAGGGCGUAUUCGCAACUUUAAUGGCCGAUGGGAAAUGGAUGUACCAGGCAGGAGAGUAUAAAAAAGCUAUAGACAGCUUCACAGAGGCACUGGCUUUAAAGCCUAGUGACAAACAGUGCUUUGUUGCUCGGUCCAGAUGUUACCUGAAGAUGGGAGGGUUUGACAACGCUUUGAGAGAUGCAGAAGCUUCACUUAAAAGAGACAACUCGUUUUUUGAGGGUUUGUACCUGAAGGCAGAAGCUUUAUACUACAUGGGAGAAUUUGAAUUUGCCCUGGUGUUUUACCACAGAGGCCAUAAACUACGUCCACAAAUGCAGGAGUUCAGACUGGGUAUCCAGAAAGCACAGGAGGCCAUAGAAAACUCUGUUGGCAGUCCUUCCAAUGUGAAAUUGGAGAUUAAAGGAGACCUGUCAUUUCUCAACAUAGGUGGUGAGAGGGCCAAACCAAUUGCAGCUAUCCAGAAUCUCACAAAGGAGAAAAAACAGAAGACUGAGAAAACCCCAAAGAGUGAAAAGACAACCAAACAACUUCUGGGCGAGUUUUAUAGUGACAAGAAAUAUCUAGAAAAUCUGAUGAAAGAUGAAGACUUGAUAGAAGGUACAACAAAGAGUGGGGAGAAGGUGAAGGACAUCAUUCAGAGAUGUCUGUCUUACCUUGACACUUGCACUGAAUUUUGGCACCAGGAGAAGCCUACUUCUGCACAAGAAAUGAGGCAGAAGUUCAUGCAAGAGAAAUGUACAAAGCGCCGUAAUAGCGCACUCUCUUCGGGAUUUCUGCUGAAAAGCCUGGAUGAAAUUGACAGAGAGUUUAUGUCCGGAAAUGCAGAAGGCACUCUGAAGAAGGCAGAAGAAGUCAUGAAGAUGGUGCAGAGGUGGUCUGAGAAAGAGGUUCCUAAUAAAAAAGAGGUUUUGGGCACCUUGCACAGUUGCAUUGGCAAUGCUUUGGUUGACCUGGGAAACAUGGACAAAGCAUUGGAGCAUCAUCAGAAAGACCUGGAGUUGGCCAAACAGUGCAAGCUCCCAGGAGCACUGUCCAGAGCUCUGGACAACAUUGGCCAAGUCUAUGUUCGAAAUGAAGAGUUUGCAGAGGCCAUUCAAGUCUGGGAAAAGAAGCUUCCGCUGGUUUGCAGUGAUUUGGAGAAGACAUGGUUGUUACAUGAGAUCGGUUUGUGUUACCUGAAGCUCGAUCACCACGAAGAAGCUCGAGAUUAUGGCGUCCGUUCAGUAGCUGCUGCUGAUGGAAUCGCCGAUAAGAAGUGGCAGUUGAAUGCCAAUGUUUUGGUUGCACAGUCAGAAUUGAAGCUUGGAAACUAUGAAUCUUGUGUCACCCACUUUGAAAGAGCUUUGUCCUAUGCCAAACUUCUAGAAGACGAUUCUGCCAUGGAUGCUAUUGAGAAGGCCCUUCAUGAAGCAAAGCAACACCUAACACCAUGAGGAACCCCUUCAGUCAGAAUGGAUGAGGAAAAGAAGAAGAAAGACUUGUUUAGUGUUCAACUCAUUUUGUGUGUG